GGGAGAGGAGAGAGUGCACUACCUCUCUCUCUCUCUCUCUCUCUCUCUCUCUCUCUCUCUCUCUCUCUCGUUUGUCUAUCUUUGUCCCAGCGAGCUGCCCGCCAAGUCUUUGCUAUGGCGGCUUUCAACGAAUCCACUUUCAUGUUCGUGGGAAUCUAUGUGACCGUAGUCAGAGAUGUGACAGUCAGGUAGAACAAUCCCUGUUGAAGUUGACUGUGAGGUCGGCGGCCAUCCAUACCGCAGGAUGUGAGGGCGAAUCAUGGUUAUUUUUUUGGGUGGAGUAUCUCUUCCAAGUAUUAUGUGGAGUCCUGUUUCAACUAAGGAAGGAAUGCACUACGCAUGACUGAGUGUCUUCUUUCUUCGCAAUGGGGAGGCCUCAGCCUUGGUUUCAGUAAGGUUCUCAGAACCUUGGUUUCAUGUAUAUUGGUAGAGCAUUUAAGGGAUGUGGAGAAAGUCGUCAUAGGGGCUUACUCUUUAUCAAUUGCCCGCGUGUGUGCCUUUUCUCCUGGUCUGUUUGUGCAGGCGCGAGGAGGCGGAGGUGGGGGAGGAGGGGGCUCAUUGCUGAAGAAGAAGAAGGAAGUGCCAUGCAGCUACACUUUAGACAGAUUUUUUGUCCGAUCGACCUCCUCUGCAAACCCCCGCUCUCAAGAGCAGACUCCUCUCCGAAACAGCACCACACUGACGUCAGGUGGAGAGUCGAUAACACCGGCUUCAGUAUCGCACAAAUCAACUGCCAACCAGCCAAUUGCUCAUGUGGAUGGGAAGAGGAGCAGUCUGCUUGGAGUAGAUCGCGAUUCCCGGCUGUUCGCAGGGGCGGAAACUGCAAAUGGGUUGAAACAUGGCGCCGCUGAAGGCGCAGACGGCAUUGGUGGUGUCCGCCGCCCUUUGGAGAGGCACAAAGACUCAUCUGCGGAACCGGUGACCCAUCUUGGGAACGGUACCAAGAGUACCGGUACCGGAGACAAAGGAGAGGGAAGCGUGCAGGAGGUGGCAGCACCCUUGCGGCGGGGUGGCAACUAUGCUGAGCAUGCGGCAGACGGCGCCGCUCCUGGGAACGGUGUCUCUGAUGGCUAUGGAGGAGGUCAAUGCGGUGGCAAGGAAAGUGGAAAAGCUCCAGAUUGCCCUGCACUUUUGGCACACAAAUCGAGGAAUUUAGGGCUAGAAUCUGGAGCGAAGGUGGCCAGCCCGAAACGGAAAUCUGUCGGGGGCUUGCGACCACAACUGGAAACCUCUGCUCUAACAAAGAGCGAACAACCGUGCGAUGCAUUUCAAAAUCAAGUAUACCAGAGCGUGCGUGGCCAGAAGCGGGCACGGAAGACUCCCACUGCGGGUUUCCUUCUGAGUCAAGAAGACGACGAAGCACCUGAGGUUGUGUGGAAGUACUCCCCAACUGUCGACAGACUGAAUGCGUCAGCAGCAUGUGCGGCGGUAUCUGCAGGAGGUGUUGAUUCGGCCCGGCGGCAGCUGGGCAAUACAGCCAAGUCUGUGGAUGGUGGCGAUCUGGAGAGAGCAGCCGAGUUUGGCUCGAAGACAGCGAAGGACAAAGAUGAAGUGGGCAGGAGAGACAAAAGACGGCAAUGGAGAGCUUCUUACCGUACGGAAGAUGAUCUUACCAAGAAAGAGUUGGAGGAGGGAGAAGGAAGGGAGGAGGAGGUUGGGGCCCAGAAGCGACCGCAAUCUUCUCACUCUAUUGUUGAGGAUAUUGUGUUGAAAGUCUCCUCUCUCCAUUCUGGAAACAGUGCUUUCAGUUCGCCGUCACAGAAGGUCCCAUCUACUAAAAGCCUUCUCGAGAAAUGGCUUUUCAAAUCCUCGGGUGAGGAUGGUGUGGACGACAAACUGAGCGCUGAACUGAAGGCUACAGAGACUGCUGACAUUUCCGCUGCAAAAGAUCAAGGGACGGCGUACCUCAGCCCUCCUGACAAUGGCUCCACGAAGCGAACGAGUUUGCAGAAAUCGAAAAGGCGGCGUAGCCUUGGAAGCAGCGUCAAGGACAAAAGCGGGAGCUCAAAGCGGGGCAGAAAGGAGCAAGGGAAAUCAGUUGUCCGUCGAGUUCAACGCCGGAAGGCAUUGUUGGACCUGUUGGACCAAGUGGAGGGUGCAGUCUCGACUUCACGAAGUCGGCAGAAGCAGAAGGGACAGACGCUGCCAAAGCCAUCAAGUGAGGAACACGAGGAGCACGACAGAAAGUCUCUUUGCCAUGUUGACAGCACGAAUAAAGAUGGCCUCAAGGAGGCUGAGGAUGGUAGGCGAGGAGAUGAGCAUGGUGAGCAUGGUGUUCACUGUGACCGCAGCGAUGAUGGCAGCAAGCGGGCUAAUGGAGAAAAUGGACAAAGUGCUGUCACUGACAGCGAUCUGCCUGCUGUUGUGCCUGCGGAAGAAACUCAGAUGAAGGACACUGGAAUCGCUGAGAGACAUUCACCUUGCAAAGAAAACAUAGUUGCAGUGCCAAACACUUCACAAGACAAGUUGCCCUCUCUUGCAGGCAAGGUGAGCGCCCUAGGGACCACCGCGGCUCUGGAUUUAUUUUCUGAUUUCGAUUGGGAGAAGGCAGUAUCUGAAGGUGCGUUUGAUAUUCUGGAGCGUGGAAAGCUGUGCGAUAUCUGCCAUGAACGGGGCUGCUCUUGCACGACUGCCAGCGCCAAUGGCUUUGCUGGAGGGACAGCCAGCAAGGAAGUACAUGAACGUGCGCCAGGAGGGGGGAUGCAUGGAGUUGCAGGGGAAGCAGCGAUAUGGAGGGGUGGAGAAGCAAACACCGAAGCCUAUGAUGUCCACUGUCGUGAAAAAUCUCAAGCAACGACCGUGACUCGUGCUAAAAAACAGCAAAUUUGCCACAUUGAGAAGGAGAUACGUGUAUUUGCCGAAGAGAGUGGGGACAAGGAGAAGCGUAUCUGCCUGUUGGAGAAGGCGUCUGCUGUGGGUGGGUCGGGCAUGAGAGAGAAAAACGGUGAUGAAUGUGGUUCACAUGCCGGUGCUCAGAACAUUUCUUCAACAAGGACGGUGGGUAAUGGUGUACCUGCUAGAACGACUCGGGGGACUAUAGGCCUGCAACCGUGCUGCUCCAAAUCCGGAGAGACCAGGGAAGAGAAGUUGGAUGCGGAUGAUGAUGAUGGCACAACGUCUGCUAUUCAGCGACAAAAUGGACAGGCAGUGAGAGAAUGCAGUGGUUCAGCACGCAUUGAGGACAAUGCUGACAAACAAGGGACACUGAGAGCAGGGAUUGAGAGCACUGCAAAGCCAGAAAUUGCAAGCGGAAACAACAAUGAGCUGCUGGGUGUUGACGAAAGUGAAGGAGAAAACAAACAAAUGCUUAAGAAUGGACAGACUGACUUCAAAGUGCUUGAGGUCAUUGACUCUGACUAUCCGAGUGAGGGGAGUCAGCACCUGAGGUCUCAGAAGGUCCUGCGAGUGGUUGCUGAGGAUCACUGCGAAGGCGAUUUAGAGAAGUUUAUCUGUCUGCGAGAUGAAUGGAUUUAUUCGACUGUAGAGGUUGGUGAUCUCGUAAAUGUUGUUGGCGAAUUUGCACCACGAGAAGAUGCUCCUGGGGUCUCAGAGUGUGUGGUGGACCGUGAGAAGAAUUUGCUCAUUUUGCAUCCAUACGUUCUGAUAUCUGGAUCACGGGUGGGUGCCAGCUUUGGGUGUGCUAGGCGGGUUGUGCUAGAUGAGCGCCUCAAAAGCGUUGAGACAAGUGGACCGGCACUUAUGGGAACAAUGCUACAUGAACUCUUUCAGUUUGCUCUCAGAAAGGAAGGGUGUACCCAUGGCCUCCUUCAGGAAGAAGCUCGGAGAAUCAUCAACAAUCAUAUUGAAGGACUCUAUGCGAUCAGAGAGGACGAGCUGGGCGCACUGGAAAAAAUAUGUAGCAGUAUACCACAAAUUCUCCACUGGAAACAGAAGUUCCUCUCUCCAGAGCCAAAACCAGAGGGAGUUGUGUGCUUCAGCCGAGAGAAGAGAGCUAAUCUUUGUGUUGCCGAGGUCACGGACAUUGAAGAAAAUGUCUGGGCUCCAAAGUAUGGCCUGAAGGGGAUGAUAGAUGCCUCAGUUCUUGUGCGGUCACAUUCAUCAAAUUAUCCACAGCCAGUGGAGACAUCUGUGCAGGUGAUGCCGCUGGAACUGAAGACCGGGAGGUGUACCACAGGACAGGCAGCAAUAGAGCAUCAGGGCCAAGUCAUUCUGUAUACAUUACUCAUGUCAGAAAGAUACGAGCAGAAGGUGGACAAAGGGUUGCUGUACUACAUGCACACUGGUGAGAUGCAGAAUAGUCGUGUGUGUGAGAAAUGCCACCAGGUGGAUGCCUGCACUGUUUAUCACAAGGCUAGGGAGGAGGGGAAUGAAGAAACUAGUGGUCUCAAAGGGAUCUUCCUCAUGAAGACGGAGCAUAUAACUGCAGCUCAUGCAGAUUUCUUGAAGAAGUGGGAACGCUUGGUCGAUCUGGAAGGCCAAGAUGCACAGACCUUACGUGCAGACAUCUGGAAGAAAAGCAGCUGGGCUCGAGAAAAAUCUGGUCAGUGCAUAUCGUCUUUGCUAUUGGACAGCUGCCACAUGCGUGCACCAAAAGUUCCAGGAGGUAACAACGGAUAUGUAUACAAGUUCUCUCACGACAAAUGUCAUUCCAUGAACAUUUCCAUCGCAACCAAGGCAAAGGAAAAAGCAGAAGAGGGGAGUGGUGAAGUGAUACAAAGAGCAGAAGGAAGGAUGAGGGGUGUAGAUGAAGGGUGUCGCCAAGGUGCUGGAGGUCUGCUUGAUCUACCAUUCGUGGAAGGAGACUUUGUGGUGCUGAGCACAGAGAGCGGGCAGGUCAAUCUGGGGCAUGGUGUCAUCACGGCAAUAUCUCGGGACUCAAUAGAGGUAUCGUUCCAACGCAAGUUACGAAUCCCAGGGAAGGUCCUUGAUAAUCCAGUGGAAAGAUCACAAAGUUUGAGAUGGCGACUGGAUAAGGAUGAUAUUUCGUCGAUGCUAAGCCUGAUGAGUUUGGGGUUCAGGGUCUCUCCCAAAACCAGCUACCCUCAUGAGAAACCCAAUAAUUUCCCUUAUACCACUGAGGCUCCACGAUUUGAUGAUGUUGAAAGUGAUCUGGCUGCAUCGACUCAAAUUGGUGUGCUGAACUAUCUCAAGGGUGUGAAAGAACUAAACCAGGGCCAGCGGCAAGCAAUCCUUAAGAUUCUGGGUGCGAGAGAUUAUGCAUUGAUCCUGGGCAUGCCUGGUACAGGAAAGACCACCACAAUUGUGCACUUGGUCAUGGCGUUGCUUGCUUGUGGCAAAUCCAUUCUGCUUUCCUCUUAUACAAACUCAGCUGUUGACAACAUUCUGAUCAAACUCCGAAGUAAGGGUGUUGAUUUCCUUCGUGUUGGACGCCAAGAUGCAACUCAUCCUCUUGUGCAAGACUAUGCCCUCAAUGCACCAGGGAGAGAAAUCAAAUCUGUGAGAAGAAUGGCGGAGACCGUUCAAGAGGCGCGGGUCGUGGGAGUGACGUGCCUUGGAAUUUCCCAUCCAAUGUUUUUGAAAAGGACUUUUGACGUGUGUAUCGUCGACGAAGCCAGUCAAAUUAUGUUGCCGGUGUGUUUGGGACCAUUACGCUGCUGUGAGAAGUUUGUCCUGGUUGGUGAUCACAAUCAGCUUCCUCCACUUGUCCGGAGUAUGGAGGCAAAAGAAGGAGGGCUUGCUGACAGUCUUUUUCGACUCUUGUCAGAAUCUCAUCCAGAAGCUGUUGCCACACUCGACUGUCAGUAUCGGAUGUCGGAAGACAUAAUGCUCCUGAGCAAUAAACUUGUUUAUGACAUGCGGCUAAGGUGUGGCUCGCCAGACGUCGCUAAGGCUAUGCUUCAUCUCCCAGCAUGGCAAGCCUCAGGCCAAUUUGAAUUUGCGCCAUGGCUGAAUGAGGUGCUGAAGCCGGAGAGGCGUGUAGUCUUCCUGAACACAGACGCUAUUGAUUCUGCGAGGGAGUCAAGGAUGGGCGAUGCACUUCACAACGUCGGUGAAGCCAUCAUUCUUCUCCAGAUUGCCAAAACCUUGGUGAGCUGUGGUGUGACAGCUGUUUCCAUUGGCGCAAUCUGCCCAUACCAGGCACAGGUGCGACUGCUCAGUCGAAUGAGCACAAACGAAGGUUUGCCUGACAUGGAGGUCCACACGGUUGACAAGUACCAGGGGCGAGACAAGGAUUGUGUCCUUGUCUCAUUCGUACGGUCGAAUGGAGCUGCACGGAAAGCAGGGUCGUUGUUGGCCGAUUGGCGACGGGUGAACGUUGCAUUGACACGCGCAAAGAAAAAGCUAAUAAUGAUCGGCUCAAGAAUGACACUGUCAUCGGUUCCUGUCCUGUGCAAGCUGAUUGAACUGGUGGAUGGUGAGGGCUGGCUGAUGGAGAUGCCGGCAGAUGCGCUGCAGCAGAUCGAAGCAGGAGGGCCUGCCAAUUUGUCAGAGCUGGGUAAGGGAAAUACUGGGAGAGAGAGUAGUCGCCUCUCUCUCUCGCUGAGGGCUAGAAAUGGACAGUCUCGAACCCAUGCAUUGGGAAGUGACAACACAGCAGGAGCAGGAGCACGAGCAGGAGCAGCGGAGGCAGAUCGUAGCAACAACUCCAGUCGGCAGGACGAGCCUAUCCGAAGAUUCCAGCCUAGUGGACUUGAGCGCUUGGUAAGUGGAUGGGACAGCAAAACAGCAGAGCGGAGGACGGUCCUCACUUCUUUAUCAGAGAAUAUUAUGGCCCAUGUGGAGGGACUCUGAUUUCCAUAGCCCCCCUCCUCUCUCCAGCCCCUCCUCCCCUAGCCGUUCUCCUCUCCCUUGCCACCUUCCUUUCCCUCCGCCCCCCUUUUCUGGUUGUUGUCAGCAUCUUUAGACUUUUGUCCACUCUCCUCCAAUCAGUUGUGCCUCUGAAUGAACACUCGAUACGAGU